UCAACAAGAAUCAGAAGAGAUUGACCACCUCUCGCACUAGCCAUGCCUCCCAAGUUCGAUCCCAAUGAAAUCAAGGUCAUCCACCUCCGUGCCACCGGAGGUGAGGUCGGCGCUUCCUCUGCCUUGGCCCCCAAGAUUGGUCCUCUUGGUCUCUCUCCCAAGAAGGUCGGAGAAGACAUCGCGAAGGCGACUGGUGACUGGAAGGGACUCCGCGUCACUGUGAAGCUCACCAUCCAGAACCGUCAAGCCGCCGUCUCGGUCGUCCCAUCCGCUUCGUCCCUGGUCAUCAAGGCCCUCAAGGAGCCCCCGCGCGACAGGAAGAAGGAGAAGAACAUCAAACACACCAAGUCCAUCCCACUCGACGAGAUCAUCGAGAUCGCCCGCACCAUGCGCUUCAAGUCGAUGGCCAAGGACCUCAAGGGCACUGUCAAGGAGAUCGUAGGCACUGCAUACAGCACCGGCUGCCAGAUUGAUGGAAGGAGCCCCAAGGAUAUCUCGGACGACAUUGAGUCUGGCGAGAUUGAGAUCCCUGAGGAGUAGAUAUUCCGAAAAGAACGACUUGACAAAACUCAAUUUCCACCUCAAAAUGCACGAGGAUCACGGCUGGGGAUUGCGAAGGCUGGUUUGGAAUGCUGCAAAGGAUAUCCGGGAUCACGAAACCAAGUGCUGGCCGGGUCAGGCGCACGAGUAGGAAACUAUGCCGAAAUAUGAUACCCACAUGAGGGAC